UUGAACGAAGCAAAACGCAAAACGCGAGCAAUCUGUCUCCCGUGGCUGAAGCGCUGAAGCAGGCGCGCGCCAGACAAUGGGCUGCUGCGCCUCUGUGUCCAACGCGGAGGAUCCGACUACUCCAGUACGCCUAGACAGGGCAAGGCCGGUGACCAAUGCGUUCCACAACACGGUGCACAAGCGCUUGAGGAAGCUGAAUGAGCUUGACGAGAUCACAAAGGUGCCCUUCAUCCUCAUUGAGCUCACAGGUGAGGGGGACGGCGAGGGCGAGAUCGAGGUCACGGGCAAGGAUGAGUACGGCGUGUAUGAGGCGCUCGAGAACUUCUUUGUGUCUACCUGGGGCUGUGAGAAGCUGGACCCAGGUGACGACUCUGAGGACACAAAGAUCCCUUUCUGCAAGGGGCAGUACCGCUGGCCGGGUUUUUCGGUGCAGGGGGACGAUGGCCUCAACAACCUGGGGAAAAAGACCAUGGAGAUCAUCGACUUCAUGUGUGGACAUUUAAGCUGGACCUUGGCUGUGGUGAACGGCGGCAAUGUCGGCGCGAACCGGGACGUUCGAGAGACACAGCUGAUUUUCAAGGCACCGCAUCCCAUGAACCUCGUGGCGCCGCACCUCAUGGUGGAGUUGCGAUCCGCUGGCUUCGUGGAGGUCUGCGCUGACCUGGACGAGGAGCACGGCGACAUCCUGGAGAGCCUGGACGAGUACUUUGCGGACCGCUUUCAGGCUGAACGCAUUGAGGGUCACGAAGAUUUCUGUGACCGAUACUACCAGGCUGGCGAUGGCGCCUUCAAGGGCAUCGCUGGAAGCCUUGAGAGCAACUUCGGGCUGCUGUGCACUGACGUGUGCGACCGGAUCACGCAGUGGGAGGGCUGGAGCCUGGUAGCGUGCAACGCCUCCAACUAUGGAGCAGAUGGGACCUACAGUGAGCAGCAGAUGAUCUUCCGCCGUGACUACCAUCCCUUGGGAGAUUCGAAGUAUGUGCAAGUGAUCUUGAACGGCCUGGGCAACAUCGAGGUGAAUGGCAAACACAUUCGGGAGAUCCACUCCAAGCUGGACGGCUUCCUCAGACGGAAGUGGGGCUGCGAACGCGCGGGGCAGUUCCACGAAGGUGAGACCAUGUGCCGAAGGUACACCUGGGGCAACGACCUCAACAUGCUGCUCUGCACGGCAGAGGUGGUGAAAUUCUUCGAGCUUCAGGGAUGGGAGAUCCAGGUGGCCUCCCAGCAGCAGGUGCUCGAGGACGGCAACUGGUGCCAGGAGCAGCAGCUUCUCUUCCGCCCCGGGCGGACGGAGGUGGGCACUAUUGAGCCCCAUGUCUUCUUUGAGCUCUAUGCGGGCGAGGGUGACCCUCAGUACUUCGAAGAUGAGGAGACAACGCAGGUGCUGGGCAACCAGCAGCUCCGCAUCCGGUGCAUUGGCCCGGGCUCGGACAAGGGCAGGGUGAGCCCGGAGAUUCGGAGCGUAAUGCAGGAGUUCCAAACCUUCGUGGAGGAUUACCUGGGAGGUGAGCAGACGGAAACCGACGGGGAGUUUGAGAGCGUCUAUGCCUGCAACGUCUUCAUGUGCAGGGGAAAGUUCGAGAACAACCUGGCCCAGUGGACCAUGCGCCUUUGCGAUUGGAUGGUCGACACCCUGGGCUGGAGUUUCAUUGUUUGUUCCCUAUGCAACAUGGGCGAGUUCGGCCAGAAUCGGCUGCAGCAGGUCAUCUUCCGCUUCGACGGAGACAAGCGCGCGCUGCCAGUGUCCAAAAGCGUGAACAACGCGGUGCAGGAGUACAUUGACCCGGAGAUCUUCCCCAGCUACUGGGAGUAUGAGGAGGUGCUGCAGCAGCAAGUGAUGCAGCGCGUCAAGGCGUGCAAGGCGGAGGAGAAGGAAGCCCUGCAACAGCUCGUGGACGCCACUUUCAAGCGGGUUUUGACCCGCGACCGCGUGCCCGAUGACGACGCUGAGAAUGAUGAAGAGAUGCCCUACCGGAUCGAGGUGGUGCAUGCUUUCCGCAGCGAGCAUGCCAGGCUGCAAAACUUGCUCUGCCAAGUGGAGUCCGACAAGGAGGCUCCAGAAGAGAGCUUCAGCAUAAAGACCUCCGAGGUGGAGACGCUGCUGAGUGAGCGCCUGAAACAAGACGAGAGCUACCUCUACCACGGCACCAACCCUUCGUCUGCCAUGAGCAUUCUCAAGACGGGCUUCGUUCUCGACCACGCCGGCAGCGCUACGGGCACUAUGUACGGGGCAGGGGUCUACCUGGCAGAGUGCUCCUCAAAAUCUGACGAGUAUGGCCGAGACGACGGGGGUAACACCUACCCCUCCCUACUGGCCAUGCUCAUUUGCCGAAGCUACGUGGGCAACGUCCACGUGGUGGACUCCGCCGGCGAUCACGUGCCGGACGCCCGCGCCGGAGGCUUCGACUGCAUCUGUGGGGAUCGCGAAGCCAAGGUUGGCACCUACCGCGAGUUCGUCUUCUUCGACGAGCGCCAGGUCUACCCAGAGUAUGCCAUCAUCUACCGGCGGCAGUACGACAAAAUGAAGGUCCCUGACCACAUGGUGGUGCCAACCACUGGAACUACCGGCAGAUUCUGGCAGAUGAAGGCUGGCGACUGGAAGAACGUGCCGCCCGAAGUGAACAAAGUGCUGAUUCAAGCUAUGAAAGACGGGGACAACGAAGUCGCCAUCACUCUGCAUGGCACGGAGUACAUCUUCAACUUGCACGACAAGAAGGGGGUCAACACAAGGACGGGCAACAAAGUCCCGUUGCGUGCUCCGAUGGUGCGAUGAGUCUGAGUGUCUGCAGGGUCGGCGGUGUCACCUGGGCGGCACCGGUGGAGAUUUGGGGGCAAA